AUGGGAAACAACAACAGCAGUCGAGUUGUUUUAACAUUUGAUCGACUUAAUUCAAAUUUCCUUGCCGGUGAACUUGUUUCUGGCUCUGUACAAUUUGAAAUGCUUGAACAAUUUGAUAAAGUACAUGCAGUCUAUCUCGAAAUUGUUGGAGAAGCAGGUUAUACUACUGAAGAGCGUCGAACAAUCACCGUCGAUGCAAAACAAAAAGUAGAAAUCUAUGCCAAAAAUCAUAAUGUAUUAUUUCUUAAGACUCGAAUAACAGUUAAACGACGAGAAGCUGGUGAACAAAACCUUCCACUUGUACCGGGUAUAAUAUAUAACUGGCCGUUUCAAGUUCAAUUGCCUCAGCAUUUACCACCAACAUUACAUGAAGUAGACUAUCCAUAUAUAAAGUAUUAUAUUCAAAGUGUUAUUGAUAGACCAUGGUAUAAACGAAAUUCAGAAUGGAAACAUGCACUAAGUAUCUUUCCAGAUAUGAACUUGCAAUAUAUUCCAGACGUGCAACAACUUGCACAAUUUAGUAAUGCCAACCGUGAAGAAAUUGAUAUACAGAUUAUAUUCCCAAAAUUAGGUUAUGUGCCAAAUGAAACACUUGUAUCAACAAUAGAAAUAAAAAAUCCAAAUCAGAUUACGAUUAAACAUAUCCAGAUAUUUUUAUAUCAACACUACCGGAUACAAAAUAAUGCACGUACUAAUAUUAUAUUUUCUAGUACUAUACCGGACAUUCAAAAAUUCAAUGAUGUUCAGAUUUCUAAACCAUUUUCUUUUGUUGUAUCAAGUGUCAAUUUGCCACCAACGUCGAAUUACAUUGGAGGAAUAGAUCAAGCUAUCACUGUUAAUGUCAGCUAUGAGUUAAGAUUUGUGAUUAAAGGACAGGAACCGAAUCUGUGGGAUCGUGUAUCAGGCUACUUUUCAAGUAUUCCUGUUAAACAACUCUCCAGUGAUAUAAAUAUUUCUGUACCAAUUACAAUUGGGACGUUUCCACAUCAGCAGUAUUCUCCGAAUGAUGGUGCAUCCUCAUCUGCUCAAUUUCUUUUAACACCAAGUGCGCCUAGCGAAGAAGAUUUACCGCCAAGCUACGAAUCUUUAGUACAUAAUUCGUCAGUAAAAACACCAAUCUGA